CCGGCGGGAGUGGGCCGUGCUGCGCAUGCGCCCAUGGCGGCAGCCAUGGAUUUCGAAGCGGGCCACGGUGGCCCCGGGUUCGUGGGGAUCCGGUUCUGUCAGGAAUGCAAUAACAUGUUGUACCCGAAAGAGGACAAAGAGAACAGAAUCCUGCUUUAUGCGUGUCGAAACUGUGACUACCAACAGGAGGCUGAUAACAGCUGUAUCUACGUCAAUAAGAUCACGCACGAAGUUGAUGAACUGACACAAAUAAUAGCAGACGUGGCGCAGGAUCCGACGCUGCCCAGAACAGAAGACCAUCCUUGUCCAAAGUGCGGACAUAAGGAAGCAGUAUUUUUCCAAUCACACAGCGCAAGGGCUGAGGACGCCAUGAGACUGUACUACGUGUGCACAGCCGUACACUGCGGCCAUCGCUGGACUGAGUAAGGACACGGUGGUGCCCUCUAUCGCGAUGUUGUACCUGUACCGGCUGUGGUGUCCAGCCGACUUGUCAGCGGCUCACGUCAGAGACUGUGUACAAGUUAUGACUGAAUUAAAUGCUGUGAUAAAGUA